AUGGAAUGUGUUCUCAACGAAACCAUGAGAUUAUAUCCGCCGGUCAUUACAUUCGUGUCGAGAGAGUGUCUUCAGGACUACAAAUACAAAGACAUAACAAUCCCAAAGGGCUCAACCGUUAACUUCUCGACCUAUUACAUGCAUCACGACCCGGACUACUGGCCGGAGCCCGAGAAGUUCGACCCCUUGCGGUUCAGUCCGGAGCGCAAGCAUGAGAUCCAUCCGUCUUCGUGGCAACCCUUCGGAAGUGGUCCACGAAAUUGCAUUGGAAUGAGAUUUGCUUUAUUCGAGGCUAAGAUGGCGUUGGCUAAAAUCCUUAUGAAAUACCGUUUAGAACCGGGAUCUAACACAGAGAUCGGAAAAUUGACCACAGAAUGCAAAAUCUUAACCCAAACCCCUAAAAAUGGCGUUUAUGUCAAGUUAUAA